CUGGUUGCUGACAGUUCCCAGGAGGACUACCUGGGUCCACUGGUGCCGCUGGAGCUGGUGCUGCCCCCUGGUGACGACAUCAUGAACAUCAUCUUCAGCAAGUUCAUCACUGGAACUGCCAGGACUGAUGGCAUAGAAGGUUACAUGGAGACGGGUCUGGAGCAGUUGUCCUCCUCUUUGGGUCGGUUCCUGUCUAACUACAACGCCAAGACCACCCACAAGCUGGACAUGGUGUUCUUCAAACAGGCCAUCCACCACAUCGUCAGGCUGACUCGGGUACUGGCUACAACCGGAGGACAUGCGCUGCUCAUCGGUACCAGUAACUUCACCGGAAGGGUCUCGACCUCCAAGUUGGCUACAUUUAUCGUCCGUGCCAAGUUCUUCCACGCCGUUCCGGCGAAGGACCGGGCUGACAACCGCUCCAACCUGCACAAAGUCCUGAAGGAGGCAUUCUUCGUGUCAGGGGUUCAGGGGAGGGAAGGAGUGCUACUGGUGGGGGAGGAGAUGGGAACAGAAUGUCUGCAGGAUAUAUGUUCCCUGAUGUCUGAGGGGACAUGUCCAGGCCUGUAUGACGAUGACGAGCUCAUGACCAUAGCCAACCAGAUCAUGCAGGGCACCGUCCCGGGCAAGCACAGCGACAAGUUUGAGCUGGCACUGGAGCGGUACCACAAGCGAAUCCGCACCAACCUGCAUGUGGUCGUCACCAUGGACCUGACGGGUCCUGUUCCCCUGUACCACCGGCUGAGACAGUUCCCCACCCUGCUGCUGCGCUCCACAUGUGUGGACAUGUACAGCAGGUGGACCUUCGAGGCCAGGGUCAACUGUGCCAUGAACUGGAUCGCUCAGGACAGCUCCAAGAGGUCAGACAUCCUGUGGGAGAUGCUGGGCUCCACCACAAGUCUCACGUCCGUGGCCCACGCCAUGGCGUACAUCCACCGCUCCGCGCAGGCCGCGCUCCAGCGCUGUUUCCAUGACAACCACCAGCUCCGCAGGCUCUUCACGCCGCUCACCUACAUGGAGUUCAUCGACCUGUUCAAGAGCAUCACAGCCAAGCUCAGCAGGGAGGAGAAGGCCAGCAUAGCAAAGUAUGAGGGAUGCUUGAGUAAAGUCCAGGAGGCCCAGGCCACCAUAGCCUCUCAGCAGGCUGAUGUGGAGGAACUGUUACCUCGGCUGGAUGAAGCCAGGGAGAUCACACAGGAAUGGGUCUACAAAGUAGAGGAGGGAAGAGCUUCUUACUCCAAGGCCCUUCAGCAGUGUAAGGAGGAGGAAGACAGGAUUGAGGUGAUGCAGGGACCUCUGGAACAACUCAGACAGCUGGCACAGGCAGAGUUUGACAAGGUGAACCCAGCAUACACAGCAGCUGUGAUAGCUCUGCGGUCGCUGUCUCACUCUGAUCUGGAUGAGAUCAAGAGCUACCGCAUCCCCCCACCUGGAGUUGUGCUGGUUGUUAAUGCUCUCUGCAUCAUCUUUGGGGUGGAACUCGAUUGGGAGCUUGGACAUCAACUUAUUUCUCGUGGAAACUUCUUUGAAGAGCUUGAGUUCUACGACAAGAACAACAUGCCAGAGGCAGUCUUCCAGAAGCUGAAAGUCUUCGUCAGGGAUCCCCACUUCGAUCCACGCGUGAUCAAAGGAUCCAGCAAGGCUGCAGAGUCCAUCUGUAUGUGGGUCCAUGCGGUGUUCCAGUACGCUGCCAUACACAGGGACAUCAAACCCAAACUGGAGAAACUGGCAGAGGCUGAGAAGGAGAUGAACAAUGCGCAGGCAGCUCUGGGAACGAAGCGUGUGCAUGCUGAAGAGGAGAAGAACAACCUGGAGUCCACCAUCAGGUCCCACACGGACAGCGUCAGACACUCCAAAACCAUCGAGAGGCAGAUCAAAGUUCUCAAGGACAAGACUGCCAAGUGUCAGAACGUGCUGACUAACAUGGAGGCUCCCAUCUCUAUCUGGAAUGUACAGCUGAGGAAGGCACAGAAAAGACUGUCGACUGCACCAGGUGACUCCCUGAUCACAGCAGCCUGUGUGUGUUACCUGGGGCCGUUUGACAGCAUCACCCGACAGACUCUGCUGCAGGACUGGCUCCACCACUGCCGGACCGGUGAGAAGAUCAAGAGUUACAAGAAGCAGAUGAUGGUGCCGUCUUCUCUGGUCAACUCACGAGAAGACAGAGGCAAGAGAUGGGGAAGAAACAGCCGCAGAAGCGCCAGACGGGAGGAGGAGGUUUCAGAUGAACAGACUGUGUCAGCCAACAUCGCUGUACGUGACAACUUCACCCUGCAGUCCACCCUGAGUACCACAACAGAGCAGGUGAUGUGGAGGCAGAUGGGCAUGCCCACUAACCUGACGGCUACCCAGAAUGCCCUGCUGAUGCGCUCCUGCUGGCAGAACCGCAAGCGCUGCUGGCCACUGCUCGUGGACCCUGACAGCCAGGCCGAAACCUGGGUACGAGCUCUGCAGGAGACCACCACAUCCUGGGAAGGAGAGCAGCAGGCGGCAGAGUUGGCUAAAGAUGGGUCCAGACCCAGCAGUACCACCACCCAGCACACCAGGGACCAGUCUCUCCCCGACAGCAGGGACAAAACCAGACCAAGCUCUACCUUGCAGCAGGAGGACGGUGCUGCAGGCUUCGGAGACAGCCGAUCCACCACCCCACUGGCCGACCGGGACACGCCGUCUUCCCAGCGCACCCCCGACUUCCAGCUCGAUCUGGGCAUGUACAUGGAUCGUCCCAUCUCCCCUCCAGAGGGGGGUGUGGAGGUGGUUUCUGCAGACGACCCCUUCCUGGAGGCGAGUCUGAUCAGGGCGGUAAUAACGGGUUACUGCAUCCUUGUCACACAUGUGGAGAGAACAGGCAUCACCAGUCCAGUUCUCAGGAAGCUCUUGGACAGAGCAACAUUGGAGAGCAACAAGGCUAUGAAACUUGGUGACCAAGACAUCCCCUUUCACCCAGGCUUCUGCUUGUAUCUCAGUAUAUCGUCCCCCUUGUAUCUAAAGGGAGCUGGUAUGGCAGAAAUUCCAAUGCACAAGACAGCCGUUGUUGAUCUGUCUGUCAGUCAAGCAGGGGUGGUCAAACUCUUACUGAAGGAGACCCUGAAACUCGAAAAGCCCGAGUACGAAGGACAGCGACGUUCUUUGCAAGCAGAUCUGAUUCAGUCCGAGAAAGACCUGCAAGAGGAGAAAGAUCACAUGAUGCAGAAAGUCUUGGAGCUUCAGACUCCCAUUCUGGAAGACCCAACAAUGUUGGAUGCGCUACAGUCCUUCCAGGAGCGAACGCUGGAAAUUGACGCUACGAUCGCCGAGACUCAGUCCCUGCAAGCUCAGGUUGGUGAGAAGAAGAGAGACUACCAACCGGUUGCGUCUCAUGGCGCCAUCUUGUUUGAAGCCAUCCGUAGAAUCGCAACGAUCCAUCCGAUGUACCAUUACCCGCUCACGAACUUCAUCCAGAUGUUUAUCACCUCCGUGAAGUCGCGGCAGCGUGGGAAGGGCGCUGGAAACGUUGGCGCCAUCAAGGCCCGCGUGAUCGAGCUAAACGAUUGCGUCACGCGCGUGUCGUACUCACGGCUGGAGAGGAGCAUGUUCUCCCAGCAUGCUUUACUCUUCGCUCUCCUCAUCGUUGUGGACAAGAUGAAGGAGGCGGGAGAGAUGACGGAGGAAGAGUGGGCGGUGUUCGCCAACGGGAUCGAGGGACUAGACGAUCUGCAAAAGGACAGCUCAAGUGGUCCCUACACCAGUCUUACAAAGCCUGACUGGUUGUCGUUUGAAACAUGGGUUCAGUGUGCCCUGUUGGAAAGCUUGUCGUGUUUCCAGGGGCUACGGGAGUCUCUGUCCCGCCACAGCCAACACUGGCGGGAAUAUUUCAGCUGCCCUCCCAUCCUGCUGAAUCCUGUCACAGGACCAACACUGCUGAACUUGAACCUUAUACAGAAGGCAAUCCUCUGGAGAAUCAUCAAACCGGAACAGAUGAUCGGGAUCUGUGAGUCCCUGGUGCUGUAUAAGCUGGGACACGUGGUGAGACGUCCUGAUGCCAGGAGUGUGGAGGAAGCCUUCCUUGCCUCAGAACAUCACACACCCAUCGUCCUACUCUUACCUGCUUCUCCUGAUGCUGCUGAUUCAUACAACAGCUGUAAAGGUUAUGCCUCCAUGGAUCCUUUCUGGGAGAUCAAGAAGCUUGCCAAGGCUCAUGGGAUGCAUGGUAAGGUGCAGCAGGUGAUGCUGGGAUUGCGUGAGGAGAUGUCUGGUGCGGCUGCCGUGGUGGAGAGGGGCAUGGCGAAGGGGCACUGGGUCGUCUUCAACAACUGUCAGAUGGCAGACGGCUGGAGUCACGAUGUACUGGAACUUGUGAAGACCAUAGUGACGUCUGCAGCUAUCACUGUGUCCCUGCAAGAGGAGGGUGACACAGCAGAUGAAACAGACAGCCAGGAUGGGGAGACUGUCAUGGAGAGCCCCAAGAUGAACCCCAACUUCCGACUGUGGCUGGUCACAACUGCUGAGGCCUCCACGUCUAUACCAGGAGUUGCCCUGCAACAUGGAGUGAAGCUAGCCUAUGAGCUGCCCCAGGACAUCCCUGCUACUGUCGGGACAACCUACAGCAACGCUGUGUGGGCUGCACAACCUCUACAUGCGGGCAGCCAAGGUGACCAGCUGCGACCGUUGCUGACGUCCCUGUCCCUGGCACACUCCCUGCUGCUGCACCGUCGGAAGUACGGCAUCGCUGCCUUCACAGCGCCGCAUCACUGGAACCAGGCCAACCUUAAUGCUGCUGUGGAGCUACUACAAGGACUGCUGCAGGGUUGUUACCCAGACGAACCUGAUGGAUUGUCAGAGGGCUAUCAAACUCUGGUGGGAGACCUGGUGUACGGAGGCAGGGUCACUGACCUGAUGGACAUGGAUGUGGUGACCUCCAUGGUCAAGCAGUGGACUGUUGUGCUGGACCCAAACAACACUGAAAACGGCCCCAUUGUUUCAGCACUGUUGUCAAAUGUGAAGGGAGUGAUGCAUUCUGGGCCACAAGCGUCUCAGAACAGGGCUGACCUGAACUCUGACCCUACGCUCGUGGGUCUGGACGCCUCGGCUGCUCAGGUGUUUCACCUGCAGAAGAGCAGGAACAUGCUGGAUGAGCUAGAGAUGAUCACGGGGGUCCAUGGCAUCAGGAGUCCGUUCCUGAGUCAGUACAACGGGACCCUGGCCCUGCUGGAGAAACUACAGUCAUACCUGCAGCUGGUGCCUGAACUUCAGCUGAGGCAGCAGGAGAGGGUGGCUGGGAGGACUGAUUUUGUACAAGAGUUUUUCACCACUGAAGUCAGCCACUACAAGGCCCUUCUCCAGCGUGUGACAGCUGACGUGGGGACGAUGCAGAGUGCCCUGAAGGGCGAGGUGGGCCUGACAGCCGAGAUGGAACAGCUGCUGUCAGCCGUGGUACAGCACAGGGUACCCCAGUCAUGGCUGGUCAACAGCUACCCAACAGCCACUGGACUGGCAGACUGGGUUCAGACCCUGCAGGCGAGAGUAGAGGCCCUACAGCAGUACGUACAAGCGGAGGGAGGCCCAGCGACCGUGAACUUGGCUGCCUUUAUAAACCCCGUCGGUUUCCUGAACGCAGUUCUGCUGCAGCACUGCAGACAACAGUUCAGGGAUGUGCAGACCUUCCAGUACCAGGUCAAGGUUUUGGAUCCAAGUGACCUUGCCAUCAACCGACCUUCAAGCGGAAUCUACCUGUCUGGUCUGCACGUCCAUGGUGCAUUGUGGGAUGGCAAAAAUGGCGGACUCCAAGAGCCGCCCAGGGAGCACGUCACCUGCAGUCUUCCCAAAGUUUGGAUGAAAAUUGUGGACACAAGUUUGCACAAGAAGGCUACUGUACCCACAUAUAAUUGUCCCAUGUACAUCUCUGCACCCAGGAAUGACAUCCUCGGUGCAGAUAAUGUUGUCAUGCACCUGGAAAUGCCUACAGCAUCUGAUACAGGUGUUUUGAUUAGGAGAAGAGUAUUUGUAACUUCAACCUUGUAAAAUGUCCAUCCAGAUAUCCAUCCCAUUCAUACUGCUCAAUAGGGGAUGUGGUAAGGGACAGUUAUUGUACAUAUUUAUGUUUCAUGCUGUUUUCUGCAGUUUUACGACUUAUUGUUUGUAUAUUAUUUUGCCAAAUGUGGAGAAAACAUUGAACAGCGAUCAGAUUAUUUCACGUUCAUAUGUGAACAUUGAAGUUUGUAUAUGUUGAUAUUGUAUUGAAUCCAUAUAAAUGUAUAGCAGACACAUGCAGCAGAGCCAUUUUGGGUGUAUGUAACAGAUACUAAAGUGAACAAAAUGUUUCAACAAGUCAUCACAGAAACUGUAUGUUGAAAUACCUUUUGUACUUUUUAAUAGUUCAUGUAGAGACUUCUACAAGAGUGCAAAUCAGAAUUUCCUAAUUGUAUGUUUAUAGGUAAUAUAUUUGAAGGAUUCUGUACAGAUCUUUUGUAGCUAAACUGUAUAUGGGUGGUUUUGGUGUACAUGUACAUGUAUGGCUUUGUAAAUGGUAUAUGGUGAGCAGUGGGAAAAGACUCGGAAGAGAUUGUGAACACAAAAAUAAAACAUUUUUCAAUGUGCCAAGACACAACA